GUGGAGUUUCCCCUCUCUCCUGUCCCCAGACCUGAGCUUUGGUCACAUCGGUUUGGUGUUGCCACUCGCCGGUCUCCCUGCUGCUGGUAACCCCAACGGUUCUGGUUCCCCUCCCCAAACUAAACCACACAACAAGUUUCAAACAAAGUUAAAGUCAGAGGUUUGAGUCGUCGAAAUACAGCAAUGGAUCAGCACAAGUAUCGCACGGCGGGCGUCCAGGAGAAGCUGGAGAUCAUCGGGGUGGAGGAUGAGGCCGGGAACCCCAUCAGCGCCCUGACCAUCCUGUCGCUGCUGGAGCGCGUGGCCGGCAUCAUCGACAACGUCCAGUCCUGCCAGCAGCGCAUGGAGGAGCGUCAGCUGGAGCUGGAGAACAACAUCAAGACCAUCCAGGGCGACGUCCUGAAGCUGGCCAAGGACCACACCGACACCAGCGGCACGGUGGAGAAGCUCCUGCAGAAGACCCGCAAAGUCAGCGCCAACGUCAAGGAGGUCCGGACGCGUGUCGAGAAGCAAAACGUACGAGUCAAGAAGGUGGAGUCCACGCAGGACGAGCUGCUCACCCGCAACAAGUUCCGGGUCGUCAUCUAUCAGGGUGAGGCAGAGGUCCCAUCAGUGGCCGUCACUAAGUCUCCUAAAGGACCAGGUCUGGAGGGGCUGGAGAUCGAGCCCGACUCCUACGACAUCCCCGCCGACCUCUCCUCUGAUGAGGAGUACCUGAGCGUGGAGGAGACCGACUCCUCACGAGCCGCUCGCCUCAAGAAGUCAGUGGUGAAGAGCACGGAGACACUGAAGGCCGCCUUCUCCAAGGAGAACAUGAGCAAAACCAAAGACAACCUGGGCACCAAGUUCCACAACCUGGGCGAGAAGGUCAUGCCGCCCGAGCGGAGGGAGAAGAUGCACCAGGCCGGCGAGCGGCUGAAGCAGUCCGGCGGGAGGCUGAAGGAGAACAUCGCCAAGAAAGCUCCGAGCAAAGAGACCUUCCGCAUCAAGCUGAAGAAGGAGAGAGCCGUCGCCGAGGGCCAGGAGGGCGCCGAGGCCGAGGCCGGUGACGAGGCCCAGAACUCCCCGGGGGUCACCUACACCGAGGUCGGCCUGGAAACCAAGAGGGAGGGGCCUGUGGAGGAGGCCAGCGCCACCCGGAUAGGAGGGGAGGAUUACAGGAAGUAGAUCAGAUGUGACAGGACGGCGCUGACAUGAAGAGGAGGCGGGACACUCGUGAAAGAUUUAGAGAGAAGGUCUGUGAUUGGUCGACAUCAAGGAUGGACAUUUGAAUUAGUCUGAAUGUUGAGAUGGGUGUUGGUACUGAAACCAAAUAUUUCACUGUAUGAACUGGUUAUUUAUUAAAUCUGAAAAUUCAAGUCAGGUCAGUCCAUUAAAGGUCACCUGCUGACAGUUUAAACCACUGGAUCUGAAACAAAGUCAGACAUGAAUGUGAGAAUCUUUAUUUGUGAUGCACUAAGAAGAAAACGUCCCUAAUGUGAAUGUUUGACUAAUCAACAGCUCGCGUUGUGAUUAGUAACCAGGGUCAAAGUGCAGAGGAGGUUGAAGUUUAUUUGCACAAGAAAGAAAAGAAGGAAAAGGAAAGAUGACAGAGAGCUGACAAAACUCUGAGACAGGACGACGAAUGUUGGUGUGAAGUUUGUGUCUCGAUCUUUUAUCUGGAUGUACAUAUGAUGUUGUACAUACUGCCAAAAGCAGGGAGGUGAAAUUGGUCCGUACAGGCCUCAGCUGGUCUCUGAGACGCCUGGAGAGAACAGAACAUAACAGAUUCAACGUCAGGCUGGUUUCUGUACGCUACAUAUUAGGAGUUAGAGGGAGAUGAAGUUAGAGGAAACUUUGUGGUGCUUCAGAGCGACAUCAGUGAGAGACGUUCAAGCUGCACCAGACAAAGACAAAGGAACCUUUUAUAUCAUCAUGUUCCAGCUUUUUAUUGAAGCCAUGUGAAAUAUUGAAAACCAGGAAAUCCACAGAUUGAUCCUGAAAUAUCCAGUGUUACUAGUUCAACCAAACCUCAACAUGACUUUGAUUUUAACUGAUCUUUGUCCAGUGCAGCUUUAAGUCUGAGCAGCACGUGUAGUAACCAGAAAUAAAACCAAUAAAAACCUGUGUGAUGGUGACACAGAGCUGAUCCCAUCAGAACAAACUGUAAUUACUCCUGUGAAAGUGGAGGUGGUGGUAUCAGGCGGUCUGAGCUCUGCUGUUGGUGCCUUUGAAGCUUUUUGUGCACUGCUGCCUUUUAGUGAAUGAAUGUUUUAUUUGAUUCUUUGCUGCUUGAUAUUCAUAGUUGGAUUCUGAAGCUCAGAGAACGAGUUUAGUUUCUGUUUAGUUUCUGGAGCUUCAGGCAGAUACUGCUUUUAUAAUGCUGCAGUGUCUUAUUCUGAAAAACAUACUGCACUUCCUGUAUAGCUUUAAACCUGUAUUGCUGCUGGUGAGUGGGUUUAAUGCAGUAGACUGAUAGUAUUUGGUUUGAACGUUUUUAACAAGGUUUCAUUUCUUACAUGUGUGUACAUUUUUUCAUUUUGGAUCACAGCUCACUUUCCUUAUUGUGCUCUGUUGCCAUUUUUACAGUCACCUGAGUCCAGUGUUAACGCUUUCAAAUGAAAAUCAGCUGAUUGUGUGUGUGUACAAUACCCAGCAUCACAUAUGAAUAAUUUUUGUUUUGUUUUUGUAUAAAUAAAGUUCUCAUGAAACCUGA